GCUCCUCAGGGCUGCCCCUCACGCCCGCCGCCCGCGGACAAAAUGGCGGCGCCGGGGCGGUGGGAGCGCGCGUGCGCGGGAGCGCGGCGGCAGAGCACGUGCGCGGGGCGCCGGGACAGACCGGGAUGGGCGCCGGGAGAGAGGCUGGGAUAGAUCGGGAUGAGUACCGGGAUAAAGCUGGGCAUAAACCGGGGUACGCGCUGAGGGACGCCAGGAUAGAGGCGGGAAUAGACCGAGAUGAACGCCAGAAAAGAGCGGGAUAAGCCGUGUUUGAGGCUGGAUGGGCAGCGGGGAUGCACCGGUGUGGAGGCGUGGGUGGACACCGGUAGCAGGAAAGGACGAGUCACAGGGAUACAUCGGGACAGAGACAACGAUGGUCACUGGGAGCAGCGAGGAGAUGCACUGGGGGUGCGCUCAGAGAAGAGGAUCUCCCACAGAUUUCUGCAGGGCUAAAGUUCCUUCGGCCGUUAUUGGGAAUUACCUCCUUAGGAACAGCCUCACCUUCUGCUGAAGGGGUCAGACUUUUAUUCAAAUUAUUUCCUGCUGCCGCUUUACAUUUUUUCAGCGUUUUAGCCAUCCCCCUUUCCUUGCUCUGCAUCCCUCCCGCAGCGUCGGCAUGAACAGGAUCCGGAUUCACGUGUUGCCCACGAGCCGAGGCCGCCUGACUCCGGUGCCACGGCCCCAGGAGCCCCUGGCCUGUGCCUUCGCCCCCCGGCCUUGCUCCCAGCCCCGUCUGGAAGGGCAGGAAUUCUGCAUCAAACACAUCCUUGAGGACAGGAAUGCUCCCUUCAAACAGUGCAGCUACGUGUCCACAAAGAAUGGGAAGCGUUGUCCCAACGCUGCUCCCAAACCUGAGAAGAAGGAUGGCACCUCGUUCUGUGCGGAGCACGCCCGACGGAACGCGCUGGCACUCCAGGCUCAGGUGAAGAAAUCCAACCCUGGGCCCGUGGGUGAGACCCUCCUGUGCCAGCUGAGCUCCUAUGCCCGGGCAGAGCUGGGCUCACAGAGCACAGAGAGCAGCCGGAGCGAGGCCAGCCGCAUCCUGGACGAGGACAGCUGGAGUGACUGUGAGCAGGACCCUGUCACCGUGGAGCAGACAUGGCGUGGGGACCCCGACAGCGAAGCUGACAGCAUCGACAGCGACCAGGAGGAUCCCCUCAAGCAUGCUGGUGUGUACACAGCUGAGGAGGUGGCUCUGAUCAUGCGGGAGAAGCUGAUCCGACUGCAGUCCCUUUACAUCGACCAGUUCAAACGGCUCCAGCACCUGCUGAAGGAGAAGAAGCGCCGGUUCCUGCACAGCAGGAAGGGAGAACACGAGGCCAUUGGGAGCAGCCUCCUGACAGGGCCAGAGGGGCUGAUGGCCAAGGAGAGGGAGAACCUGAAGCGUCUCAAGUGCCUGCGGCGCUACCGGCAGCGCUACGGGGUGGAGGCUCUGCUGCACCGGCAGCUCCGCGAGCGCAGGGUCCUGGCCACCGAUGGCGCGGCCCAGCAGGCACACACCACCCGCUCCAGCCAGCGCUGCUUGGCCUUUGUUGAUGAUGUGCGAUGCUCCAACCCGUCCCUCCCGAUGACCCGGCACUGCCUCACACAUAUCUGCCAGGAUACAAACCAGACACUAUUCAAACCGUGCCAGGGCUCAGAGGAAGUUCCCUGCAACAAGCCCGUGCCCGUAAGCCUGUCUGAGGAGCCGUGCUGCCCCCUGCACCUCCGCCUGCCCCCCCAGAUGUACGUCCCAGAGCAGGUCCUGGCUGUCCCCCAGGAGCUGGGAACUGCUCCCACAGAUCUGUACCUGAGCGCAGCCGAGCUCCAGCCCACGGAGAGUUUGCCCCUGGAAUUCAGUGAUGACCUGGACGUGGUGGGUGAUGGGAUGCAGUGCCCCCCAUCCCCUCUGCUCUUUGACCCUUCUGUGACCCUCGAUCCGUCCCUGCGGGACAUGGCCGAGGCUCCCAUCGACAUCCUGGCGCUGGAGGAGCCAGACAGGGGCAUCUCCUCCACCGCACUCGUCCCUCCAGCCGAGGGCCCUGCGCAGGUAGGUCAGCUCCCGUACCAGCCAGGGCCCCGGGAUGAGCAGCAGCCAGAAGAAACGGCCUCAUCCACCCCAGCCAGGGGCACAGCUGCCAACGGGAGCCUGGAGCCGGGGGCCAUGAGCUGAGCCUGGCAGCACCGGGAUCCCCACACCCUGGGGACUCUCAGCCUGGGAUUUGGGGCCACUCGGGUGCUGGGGUCUUGCACCAGUGCCAGGAUGAGCUGCAGCUCUGGCUCCUCCACUGAUUCCUGGAGCCACAGGGACCCCUGAAACCCCAGAUGGGGUCUCCAGACUCCCACAGCCACAGAAGACUGGAAAGGGAAAUCAUUGAAGUCCUGGGAUCAUUUGCCAGGCCCUGGGGGGAUGAUGUGGCCCUGUAAUGUGUCUGGGGGACAGGUUUCAUCCCACAACGUUCCCCCACAAUAAAGUGAUGGA